AUUGUUUGCGAUAUAUGCACGCCACCUAGGUUGGUAUGUCACAUCUCAUGAAGGAUUAUAAAGAUUUGUUCUGAAGUUUUUAAGCAUAGAGUACUAGGGAUUGCUUUAUAUCUUCUGAUUUUGUAGUGAGUACUGUCACUUUCGCCUUUUCGAGACUUUGGUCCUCGAGACUUCGACGACCCGUUACCGAUGUACGCGAGCGGACAUUAGCCUAACCGUAUUUGGUUUCGAAGCUGUUGCACUGAGUGGAAUGGAGCGAAGUAUUCAUGAAAUGUUGAAAGAUGCUCCAUCUUUAAAUGACAGCGAUAGCGCAGUUCAUAGCGGAACCCCUCCACCACAUAUACCGAAUAAUUGUAACAAUGAUAAUCAACCUAGACCAGCUACGAUAAAUCUAACAUUGGGUAGCCCUACAUCUCAAAUGUCUGUAACAGUAUCUCCAAAUACACCUAUUCAGAACGGUGAUACGCAAACAAUGCGUACUGCUCAAAGUAAAAUUGAGAGCAUUAAAAAUUGGAGUAUUUCUACAUACAAGUGUACAAGACAAUUAAUGUAUGAAAAACUUGGGAAAACAUCCCGCACGGUAGAUUCGGAACUUGAAACACAAAUUGAAUUAUUAAGAGAUACUCAGAGAAAAUAUUGUAAUGUUUUACGAUUAUCUAGAGCUUUAGCUUCUCAUUUUCAUCAUGUUGUCCAAACACAACAUGCUUUGGGAGAAGCAUUUUCUGAGUUAGCACAGAAAUCUCCAGAGUUACAAGAAGAGUUUCUAUAUAAUUCAGAAACUCAAAGAAAUUUGACUAAAAAUGGUGAAACAUUACUAGGGGCCUUAAAUUUUUUCGUUUCUUCAGUAAAUACACUUUGUAAUAAAACUAUUGAAGAUACAUUAUUUACUGUACGACAGUACGAAACAGCAAGAAUAGAGUAUGAUGCCUAUAGAACAGAUCUUGAAGCGUUAGCACAAGUAACGAAAAACGAUAGCAGCAAUGCAGCAAGAUUGGAAGCAGCACAAGCACAUUAUGAAGAACAUAAACAAAAUUUUGAGAAAUUAAGAUCAGACGUUUCAAUUAAACUUAAAUUUUUAGAUGAAAACAGAAUCAAAGUAAUGCAUAAACAAUUGUUAUUAUUUCACAAUGCAGUUUCUGCUUAUUUUUCUGGAAAUCAAACUGCACUGGAAGCCACAUUGAAGCAAUUUAACAUAAAAGUUAAGUCACCAAAUUCAUCCUUGCCAUCGUGGCUCGAACAGUAGUUACAUUAGAAGAAAUACAAUUUUCGG